GGAGGGAGGAAGAGGAAGGAAGAAAGAGAGAGAAAAAAAAUGAGAAAAAGAGACAAAAAAGGAAGAGUGUGAAACGAGAAACAAAGUGACAGUUUCAGCCCACGAAGAGAAGAUAUAAAGAGAGAGAGAGAGAAAGAGAGAGAGAGAGAGAGAGAGAGAGAGAGAGAGAGAGAGAGAGAGAAAGAAAGAGAGAGAGUGAGUGAAGAAUAGGGUCGUGGUAGUGCGAGAGAGACAGAGUAUACGAGAGCUCGUAAGAGUGAGCAAGAUAGAAUGAAGAGAGACGCGCAAGCGCCGAUUCGCGGCGUGGAGAACGCUUGCCAUCCGCGUGGCGCGAGUUAGAACUUGGCUUCGUGCUUUUAGUCUUGCCCCGUCCCUUCGUCCAUUCUCGUCCUUACCCGUGUGCUUACUCUACGAUCAACCCUCUAACCACCCUCUUCUCGUUCACGCGGGAAAUUCAUCCUCGUGCGUCAAGAACGCGUGCUACUCGUUCGUGUAAACGAGUUCAUUCAUUUGUAAAAAAAAAUUAUAUCUUCGAUCGGAAGUAUGAUGAUUUUGUUAUCGAGUGCUUGUUCAUCCUACCGAGGACGAAACUUUAGUUAAAAAACGAUUGGAUCGUUCGAUCGACGUAGCUAAAGGAGCGAUUGGAAAGUACUUCGAUGUCCAAUCAUUGAAAAGAAUCUGUAAUGCGAUAUUUUUUAUAAAUCAAAGAAGUAACAGAAUGUCGGAAGAAUUAUUAUCCCAUCGAGAUUCGACGAUUACCAGAAGGAAUAAUAAGUCAAAUACAGCUCAAAGAAGAUGGCGUAUCUUAGCAAAGGCUUUAACAGGAUCUUCGGAUUAUCAAACAGAAUCAGACGAGGAGAUUUCCGUACGACGUUUUACUAGUUUUGGCUUGCUCAAGCCGAUACUGUUGGAGAAUACUGUGACCGAUUCUGACUCUUGUUGGUACGAGUAUUCCGCCAUGUUGGAGAACGAACUCUUUCAAGUUCAGAUACGAAGGAUAAACAAGAAUUUUACUGCGAACGAACUGAUUGGAUUCAAUAAUACUGGGAAUGUUUGCGUUUGGCCAUCCGAGGAGUGUCUCGCUUACUAUCUACUAAAGAAUCGUGAUAUUUGUCGAAACAGAAGCGUUCUCGAGCUUGGUGGUGGGAUGAGUUGUCUCGCUGGUGUCCUCGUUGCAAAAUACUGCAAUCCGAGUGCGGUCACGCUUACCGACGGCAACGUCACCAGCGUUGAUAACGUUCGUUGCAUCGUCCUCAGGAACGACAUGGCCGAUUUCGUCGAAUGUGGGGUUCUUCAAUGGGCUAGGGCUGCACGAGCCCUUAGGCAAGCUGCUGCAAGCAAUUGUAAUCGAAAGACACGCAUCAUCGAGCAGGAGGAUGACCUACCAAGCAAGAAAAGAUCCUACGACGUGAUCCUCUGCGCAGAUUGUCUUUUCUUCGACGAUGCCAGGCUUGACCUGGUCGAAACGAUUUAUGGUUGGCUUGCUGACGACGGUGUGGCCCUGGUGAUAGCACCUAGACGUGGAACGACGUUUCAGAAAUUCGCCGAAGCCGCGAUCAAACGUAGUUUCAUAGCCAGGCAGACCGAACGAUACGACAGCGAGGUCUGGUCGAGACAUCUGGAACUCUUGGAUCAGAGCCAGGAAUAUUCAGCCGAUUUGCAUUAUCCUGUUCUCCUGGAGCUCAGCAAGCAGAAAAAGACACCACCGGGAUGAUCGAGAUCCAUUGGGGAUGAAGAGGACGACGACAAUGACCUUGACGAGAGUAUCAGCGAAUGAAAUCUCUUUUUUACUCUUCAAACCUUUGCCAUUGUCUUUUUUCUCGGGUAUUUUGUUCGAGUUGUUUUUGAAGUCGAGAUCUACCGAGAUAAAUGAACGUUGUUUAUAUUUUAUGACAACGAGGGACGAAUGAUGGAUGAUGAGAAAACUGUUAAAGAGUUCAAAGUUCAACGGCGAUUGUCGAAAAUUAUAUUCGAAGAGUACUUUGUCGAGUCGUUUGGAUUUUCGAGUAGAAACUUGAGAGAAAGUUUUCGUAGCACGGAGAAACGCGUAAAACCGAAUGGCAUCGUUGUUCAGCGUUAAUAACGCGUUAGCCAAAUUGACGAUGCUCCAUCGGCUUCCUAGCAUCAUCUUAAGACUUAGACGAUGUUGAAGAUGUUCUUGGAAUACUAUUCUCUCUCUCUCUUUCUCUCUCUCUCUCUCUCUCUCUCUCCCUCUCUCCCUCUCUCUCUUUCUUUCUCUUUCUCUUUCUCUAAGUUAUCUACUAGAGACCAUUUUCAUUAUGCUCGAAAAUGCAUCUCGUUUGUAUACAAGCGUGCACGUGCAUCCUAAGUAUAAUAUUUAUACGACAAAGGAAACAUUUGAUCUUAUUUAAACGAGAAAAUAUUAAAAAGUAACGAUUAGUUAAUUCUAAAAAGUUGAUUCUACAAACUUUCUUCUAUCGUUUAAGAAGAGUUUGAGAGAACUAUUGAGAGAAUCGUAUUCAACGUACCUGAUUUUUCAUAGAACGAAAAAGUCAGUGUUCCGAUAUCCCAUUCUGUGACGUAAUUGUAUGUGCGUGUGUGCUGACAGAAGUUUCUAAGUUGUAUUACGUACGUAAGGUUUGAGUAAAUGUGUUGACGACAUUGUGUGCGGAGUGUUGAACGGCGAGAAGAAAAUACAAAAGUUUUUACUAAAUUCUUAUUUGUUUUCAAGUUUUUUCGAAGAUCAAAAAAAAAAAAAAAAGAAAAAGAACAAAACAUCUUUACACGAAGCUUAUUUCUUUAACGACAUUUUUCUGACUUUUUCUUCUUCCUCCUUUCUUUCUUUUUCUUUUCUCUUUUUUUUUAUUUAGUAGAUGUAAAAUCUCAUUAACGAUCUUUCGUUAUUAUUGAAAUUUAUUACAAAAAAAAAACGAUGUCAUCGAAUCGAGGAAAUAAUAAGUCGAGGGUUCACAUGGAUCGCGGUUAUUCGAGUUUAACAUGGUCUCCCUUUGUUUUCACGCACGAUUACGGAAUAACGUGUGUCUACUCACUGAUCAAGAGCUUUGAAAGCGAUUCUAUCCAAGAGAGAGAGAGAGACAGAGAGAGAGAGAGAGAGAGAGAGAGAGAGAGAGAGAGAGAAGGAGAGAGAAAAAGAGAGAGAAGGGAAGAGUUCUUUAACCACCCUUAUAUGAAGUCUAUACUCUCCGUUGGUAACGUGGACGAUGAUUGGAUAAGCUUUCUCUCUCUCUCUCUCUCUCUCUCUCUCUCUCUCUCUCUCUCUCUCUCUCUCUUCCUCUCUUUCGCUCUCUUUCUCUCCUUUUCUCUUGCUUUGUCUGAAGAAUUUUCGAAAAAUUCAGCGAUAUUAUGUUUACUGUAUCAUCUCGUCGUCGAUACUCGAGAUUGCUCGUUCGUUGUCGCAUUUUCGAUAGAAAAGAUCAACGUUACGUCGAUGAAAGAAAUAAAAGGAAUGUCCGGAUGCGGUUGACGGCCAGUACUGAAAAUAAAUACGAGCGAGAAUGCUUUCGGAGAAUCGAUCGAGUUCCCCUCAUUCUAUGCUUUUCACUCGAUUAUCAUCCCUUUUUUUGGGAAAAGCGAAGGAACGUGCGAAAGCGAUGAAAAAAGAAAAAGCGAUCCUUCGAUUUUUCGAUUUUUCGAUCGACUUGAUCGAGCUGACGAAGCAGUCGUUGCUUCUUUACUCUCGACUUCUUUCACGGUCGAAUGAACAAGAUUCAAAAGGCUAGGAAUACGAACGACGGUGACUUGACUACUGUCGUUAACCAGAAAACGUUGAAAUAACGUUGUUACGACGAUGAAUAAUGAUAGAGAAAGUUGGGGAGAGAAAAAAAACGCCAAAUACCGAAUGGCCAGACCCGAUAAGUCGUCCCCAUCGCGAUCCUACAUCGAUCAAACUCGACGAAAUAUAUUCCUCUAUUUUGCUUGACAUAAUAUCAAAAACGUCACAAUCUACAUACGUAUAUAAGUUUUUAUUUAACGUAUCUACAUAUAUAAUCGACGAUACGUCGCAUAUCGUUCUGAUUCUAAUUUUGUUUUAUAUAUUUCAUUCUAUAUAAAUAGAUUUAAAAUUGUUGUUUUGAUUACCAUUUUAUUAUGCAAUUUAGUGAUUCAUUAUUUUUAUUCGAGCUAAUGAAUAUUUUAUCUAUGUGUAUUUUUAUCUUGUUAAAACGAAUUUUAUUUAUUUAUUAUCUGAUAUUUUUUUUUUUUGUUAGAAUCGAAACGAAUGAUUUAGAAUCGUUUAAAAUGAUUGAGGGUCCAAAACUCUUAUACAGAGUCUCCUUUAAAAUUUUUCGAACUUUCAUAAAGCGAGAAAUUUAGGGAAUUUUUUAGCAGCUAAUAUUUAUGGAAAUAGUUGAUAAAUAAUAUAUCGAAGAAUACAAUAUACAUAUUCGAUCAUGAUUACAAAUUUUAAUAUGCAAAUUGCUUUCUUAUUAUUGUAUAAGAAUUAUAUAUGUGUAAUGUUCUCUCUAAUAUUGUUAUAUUAGUAGUAUUAAUCGUAUAAACUUUUUCGAUUAUUAUCAAAUAGUCGGAAAAAUAAGAAAUUGCUCCCAAAGUGAAUAGGGCAAUAAUAUUUUAUCAGUAACAACAUUAAAAAAUGUAUGCAUAUUGUACGAGCAGUUUUCCAUUUCAAUAUUCGUAUUACGAAACAAUUAUUACAUUAAUUAUAAUGCGGACAAAGUCGGAGUCGACUUAUUCCUAUUCUAGUUAUUAAGAUACAAGCGUAGAAGCAUAAGAACGGUAAGAAUGGAUGUUGAGAGAAUGUUUUGUUAUAUUGGUUUAUUUCACGAAGUAGAAGAAAAAUGUUCGAAUGUUCGAGGAUGUGUUUUUUGUAAAAAAAAAAAAAAAAAAAAUUGUUUGAACGAAAGGUAAAGAAAGUUUGUAUAGGUCGAGCAAGCCCUUUAGCGACAGACAAGAUAAUUAAGUAAAAAGUCGUUCCUUGAAAUGGUCUAAUCUGACCCUAAUCCUGAUCGUUUCUUCUUUUUCUAUAUCUUAUGCCUUUCCAACUCCAACGUCAUUACCUCGAAGGACCAAUCUAGUUAAGUCUAGUCAAGACUACCAAACUUCCAUUAUCACGUACCUAUGUAUCCGCAAACAGCGUCUAUUAUACAUAUGUAUAUAUCUAUAUAUAUAUAUAUAUUUACGGUUAUAUCAUAUACUAGAGAAUUUCUCGAAUAAUAAAAUAUUUUCAAUUAUU